AAAAACACUCUAAGAGACAAGCAAAACAAACAAAAAAACCCAACCAUAGGUACCGGUAUGAUAAUUAUGACAACAAUAAAGAUUCGAAAUUGCACAUUCGCAAAAGCGAUACUAAGAAAAAAAAAACCUCCCGAGACUAAAUUAAAGCUUAUUUCCGAUCCUCCCCUUCGCGGUACGACGCCUCUCAGAGCCUUCACAAAUCUCCACGACCCAGGGGUAGCCGGACUCCCUGGCGAAUUCCAGAACGCUCAUGCCCACGGCGCGACUAGCCACGCUUCUAAAAUCCGCCCCGUGGUGGAGGAGCAAGUUGAUGAGGGGCACCCGCCUAGGGCAAUACCUGACAGCCCUGAACAGCGCCGUCUCGGCAUCCUCAUCCGCGUCCGGAUCGCCACUCCAGCCGUCAACGUCGGCGCCCCCCUCCAGCAGAGCCCCCGCAGCGCCCUCGCACCCCAGCAGCACUGCAACGUCCAACGCAGUCCUCCCUUGCCGAUUCCUGACGUCGGGUGAGACCCCCUGACGUAGCAGCAAGCGCAGCAUAUCCUUGCUAUUAGCGUCCGCGGCCUGGUGCAGGACCGUCUGGCCGUCGGCCGGCAGGAGCGUGGUGGCGUCGGCGGAGUGGAGGAGCAGGUCCGUCACCAUUUCCGCGUUUUCUAGCUUCACGGCCAGGGAGAGGGGCGUUUGGCCAGCGGCCGUGAGGGCAUUCGCGUCCGCGCCCUGGCGAAGUAGGGCUCUCGCGGCGGCCGGGUGGUUCAUUGAUACGGCGCGGGUGAGCGGGGUGUCCCCCGUUGCGCUGAUGCGCGCAUCUAUGUCGAUUCCCGGGGUGGAGAGCAGGAGGGUUAGCUCUUCAAGGGCGUUCGCCGAUGCUGCGCGGUGGAGGAGUGUGCUGCCGUCCGUCGCGCUCGUGAUGUUCGGGUUGUGGGUGUGUUUGAGGAGGGUAUGCAGGAUCGGGGAUGUGGGGUUGUUGUGUAGGCGCUGUGACAGGGCGUAGUGCAGUGCUGUGUCGCCGUUCUCGGGAUCCGGCGUUUCGGGGAGGGCGCCUUUCGAGAGGAGGAGGAGCACGAGUGGCAUGUGGUCUUUCCAGGCGGCCCAGCAGAGGGGCAGGACCGGGCACUCGCGCGGUUGCAGGGCAAGGGUGUGGAGGCGCGGAGUUAGCAGGGAGUGUAGGCGGUGGUUGGCCCUGACGAGGGAGUUGACGUCCCGGACGUCUUCAAGGUUUUCCCCGACCAGCAGGAGGAGCUCGUUUGGGAUAGAUAGGAGUGGCAUUUCGGUCAGUUGAAGCUACGUGUGUUUUUAUGAAAGGAUAGACCACCAGCAGCCUAUUGUAAAGAUCUAAUCAAGGAAAACGAGAAAACAGGUAGUAAAAUACUGCAAGAUAGUGAGUGAUAUUUGAUGUUCCC